CUGGACGAGAUCCGGCUCUGAUCCGCCUCAGUCCCGGCCCCGCCCACCUGACGCGUGAUUGGGGGCCCGCGGUGUGAUUGACAGCUCCAGCGGACACCUGACGCUCGGAGGCUGCGUCACGCGCGAGGGGGGACGCUCCGCGGCGCGUUCGGUGACGGAUCGUGGCGCAUCCGCCGGUCACCCGCACAAUGACGCCGUAGGAAGCGCCUCUUCGGCCGUCGUUUCAUUGUUCCUCUCGCGUCCGCUUGGCGAUGGACGCGUCCGCGGCGAAGAGGGGCGCGCCGGUGCCGGACAUCUGCCCGCUGGACCGGUACGACCCCGCCCGGGCCAGGACGCGCGCCGGUGUGCGCUGGCUGCUCGAGCGGAGCCGCGGACCUGAAGAGAGUGUGUCGCUGAAGGAGGACGGCGGCGUCUGUCCCGCUCUGGAGCGCCUCCUGCUGUCCGGAGACCUGUACUGCAGGGUGUUUUCCUCUCGCGCUCUCUCCGGCGUCACAGCGCCACCCACAGACCUGGGCUCUCUGCUGCAGCUCCUCGGCCGCUACGAGCUGAUCCCGCUCCACACGGAGCAGAGGAAGCCGGUCGAAGAGACGCAGCUGAGCCAGAAACCCAUUAACAUGGGGGCCCACCUGGCCGUGAUCGAUUCGCUGAUGUCACUGAGUGCUAUGGAAACCGUGGGUCAGGUGAAGAUGACGAAGGAGACGGAUCAGUUUGGGUCCAGCAGGAUCUGGGAGAACUCUCUGCUCUUCUGGAUCAACAAGGUGAACCAGAAGUUACGAGAAAGCGCUAAUGUGGAGGAUAAUCUGAAGUCAAACCCCUGCACUGACCUGCAGCCGGCUCAGCCUUCUUGCCCACAGCGCUGGUACUGGAAGCUGGUCCCACAUGCCAUCGCAUUUUGUUUGAAGGAGUCGGGGAAUAAGCCUCCUGUGAUCCGUUACAGGAAAGAUAAGGUUCAGUCUAAACAGACUCCGGUGUUUGUGGUGGUUUCUGGAGUGAAGGAUCUGUCUAACGGCUGCGCCAUCGCUGCAGCGAUUCACUUCUACUGUCCUCAGAUCCUGCCCCUGGAGGAUGUGUGUUUGAAGGACACCAUGUCCGUGGCAGACAGUAUGUACAAUCUCCAGCUGAUCAGAGAGUUUUGCGAAAGCCACCUAAAGAGCUGCUGUCCCCUACAGCUGGAGGACCUACUCUAUGCCCCGCCCACUUUACAGGUGAACAUUAUGUGCUUCCUCUCGGAGCUGUUCACAACGUUCGAAGUGCAGAAACCAGACUUUGUCAAACCCAAGCACACAUUGGACCUAACAGAUGCAUCAGAUCUGGUCGACUGCACAAGUCCGAUCAGUGGCAACAGUGGAGCUCCAUCUUUGCUUCUGAAGCAGUCACUCCUGCCUCAGUCUCCUUCUGUGUCUGAAGGACGGGGCUGGACCAAAAAGCAAAUUAGCCGUCCUCUCUCCGCUGUGACCUUCAGCAUCCCGUUCCCACUGGACAGUGAUGUUGAUGUUGUUAUGGGCAACCCUCUUUUCCGUUCUGUCAGCACGGACAGCCUCACAAUGGUAACCAACCCUGGUCCUUACACGCCACCAGAGGAUCUGAGUAAGCUCAUUGGUCAUGCUCCUCUAGGAGAGUUACCUACCAUAGAAGAAGCAUUACAGAUUUUUCAUACCGCCCGUCCGGUACACAAUGAGCCCCGAUCACGGCCAGAGGGAGCGCCAUCUGGCUUUUACCUCCAUUCCCCUGAGGGUGUUGAAUCCAGACUGAGCAGCUCUGCUCCCUGCCGGUCGGGGAUGAUGUAUCGACCAAUUGGAGGAGGGCCUGAUAGCUGCGGGAACCGUAAACGUCAACCUGUUAGUUCACAAGAAAACCAUGAAGGAUUAGGCACUCCAGACACACCUGGAGACUCUCCCAAAACCUCCAGCCCAGCCAACGGACCCAAGACUGGUCGCAUGACAAACUUUGCUGAACGCAGAAAGAAUAUGCCAGAAUCCCCAAGUAAUUCUAGGUCCCAGGAAGUGGAUUCGUUGUUGAGCCCUGCAAUGAUGAGUCCUGUUGGGGCAGUGGAGGCGCAGGAGCUUGGUGCACGUCUAGAGGAGAAACGUAGAGCAAUCGAAGCUCAAAAGAGGCGGAUCGAGGCCAUCUUUACCAAGCACAGGCAGAGGCUGGGCAAGACUGCCUUCCUUCAACUUCAGAAGAAACAAGGGGAAGAACUGGAAGAUGACAGACAGCCCCUAACUCUGGAUGAACGACUGACACGAAUGGAGCAGCAGCUCCAACAAGAGGAGGACAGAGAGAAGGAGGAAGAAAAAAAGAAAAAGGAGGAGGAAAAGAAAGAAAAUGAUGGAGAGCAGAAGAAGUUGGAGAACGCAGGUGAUGUAGUAGCUCAACCUAAACUGGAGAAACAGGUUACCUUCUCUGUUGAAACUAAAAAAGAGGAGGGGAAAGAACCACCAUUGGAGGAAUAUAAUGAGGCUGUAGCCAAGCUAACCUCCACCCUACAGUCCCUACAAAAGGACAUGCAGCGCCUUACAGAACAGCAGCAAAAAUUAAUGGGAAAGAAAACACUGGGUUCUCCGAAAAACACUCCCUCAAUUAAGGCACCUACCUCCGGCAAGGCCUGGGUCAUCCCAGCUGGUUCCAAAUCCCCUGCUACACCCCCACAUCUUUCUAGAGAGUCCACCCGCAUCGUUUCACCCUCUGGAUCUCCUUCACGCUUGGCACAACUUUCUGACACACCCAAAUCCCCUAAAAGUUCAGCAGCUUCUGUUCCACGCAAAUCCCGUGGUGCUGCUCCCAAGAGCCCCAAACGGCAACGUCCCUCCCGCCCCACAGACCUCGGUUUCCAGCCUCUCACACGUGUCCUUACACCCCCACAGAACGUGGACACACUUCCUCAUCUGCGACGAGUCUCUCCAAGCCAGUGCCAGGUGCAGACCUGUUCCUCGUUGCGAUUCGGUGGUCCUUGCACACCCCAGGACUCUCCACCGCAACCUGCUCCGCUUCAAGAGAGCACCUCAGAAUCCGGCUCCAGUGACCAUCACACCCCGAUCUUCAGCCUGGAGCUGGAGGCUGGACCUCCUUCUGCGCUCCCAGCUGAACUGUUGGGAGGUGGGAAUAGCUCAGGAGCCCCGUCAGAGUGCUCAUUUGAAAGCGACAUGCUGCUCAGCAGCGCCCUGGUGAAAGAUGAGACUGAGGGUGCAGGGACGGUGGGAGAUGACACGGAUCUGGAACAGGGUGCAGAAAUAUUCUCAUCUGAUUCUAUGAGCGACCAGACAGAGAAUGAGAGCAAGAUGGGACUCGAUGUGUUCUUCAAGGAGGAGGGUCUCUCGGAGGAAGAGAUGGCCCAGAAAAGGGCUCUGCUGAUGGAGCGGCAGCAAAGACGAGCUCAAGAGAUCAAGAAACGUGCAAGAUAUGGGCAAGAUCCUGAAAACAGUCAACAGGCUUCUCUGGAUGACCUGCGACCUUCUCAGACUCCACUGCUUUCACAGUCACUGCCCACUUCAUACACCCCACCCCCUCCAUCAAAAGCCACGCCCCCAGGAACGCCCUUGCGGCGAGGAGCAUUCACCAGGGCAGAAUAUGAAAGGCGUCAGCAGCUGAAGAUAAUGGCUGACCUAGGCAAGGUUCUCAAACAGAAACCAGCAAAGCACAGCGGCAAAAAACAACAUGCACACAAACCGCACAACAACCAUGACCUUACUCACACACGCUCACCGGGGAAGAACAAAACAGUCGUUGUUAACCGGAAAGAUCGUGCAUCUUUAUCAACUGAGAAGCCAGCAAGUUGUUCAGAGUCGCCCUCAAAGGUGAUCUCAUCAGGGCAGUUGGCUAAUCAUAAUGGGGAAAAAGACUGGGAACAUGCCUCUAAUGCCUCUUCUCCAGCCUCACUCCCAGAAUACACAGGUCCUAAAUUAUUUAAGGAACCCAGUUUUAAAUCCAACAAGUUCAUCAUUCACAAUGCACUCUCACGCUGCUGCCUUGCCGGCAAAGUCAAUGAAUCCCAGAAAAACAAGAUCAUAGAGGAGAUGGAGAAGAGCUCCGCCAGUCACUUCCUGAUUCUCCUGCGUGAUUCCAACUGUCAGUUUCGUGCCAUUUACACCCUAGACGGCCAGUCGGAGGAGCUGCAUCGGAUCUGCGGCGUCGGCCCGCGUGUCAUUUCCUCGUCGGCCGUGGAGGCCAUUUAUAAAUACAGCUCCGACAGAAAACAGUUCAAUACACUACCAUCUCGUACCCUGAGCAUGAGUGUUGAUGCUUUCACUAUCCCUGCCCAUGUCUGGCACACUAAGAAACAUGGCACACCCAAAAAAGUAGCGACACCCAAAUAGACUAAACACUAAUGCUGAGAAAAACUGCUCCCACUUAAAUAAGCCACACCCACCGAAAUAAACCACUCCCAUUUACAAUAGUAGACUCCGCCCACUCAAAAAGUACAUCUGCUGCUGAGAAAAACUGCUCCCACUUAAAUAAGCCACACCCACUGAAAUAAACCACUCCCAUUUACAAAAGUAGAGCCCGCCCACUCAAAAAUUACCACUGCUGCUGAGAACAACUGCUCGAGCUUAAAUCAGCUGUUACUACAGGAUCACAAUGCCAUACAUAAAUAGACCCUGCCCACUCAAACAGAUUACUCCUGCUAAGUUAAAUCCCUCUGAGGGCGGAGCGUUCCUUCUCCAGGCCCGUGACGUCCUGCAGUAAGACGACAGUCGUACUCCUUCUGUACGACUAAAUGAGAUGACAAAACGUGACUUUCUAAUUGAAGCUGUUCAUGUCCUCUGAAUUAUUAUACCCUUUCCAUGCCUAAACAUGAUUCUGAGGUGGUCGGAUGGUACAUUGGUCAUAUUGUAGCUCUUAGAAAAAUUGUAAUUAAAACAUGACAUGAAUGUUCCUAAAUUACUCUCUGGAAUAAACUCCCAAUAACACCCACCAGUAAUAAACGCUCCUGCUCAAAUCAUCCUGCUCUACUCAAAUAAACCCACUCUAAGUGCCAUUCCUUUAAAUAAAUGUCUUACCAGCACUAAACCGACAACACAACUUUCUCUACAAUGAAGCUAGUCGGGUAAUUGUUUAUGAUCAACCAGAGGGACCUUCUCCUGUUUUUUGAUUGUGCAUGAAGACAGACGAGCUCUAAGGUUUUCACUUUACUAAAGACUGAGGAAACCACGUCCUGUUUGCAUGUGAACGUUCGGUUCAGUCCAAAUAUCUCUUGAUGGUCACUCCAACUGAGCACUUGAAGCAUUUCUCUCUGAUUUGUAUGAGCUAUAUCCUCUUAUAGAUGCAAACUUUUGAAUCUCAAGUCUACCGGUACUGUAGUUUUAGUGAGAAUCACUGCUGGGUUUCACUGUCUAGUCUCAGUUUGGCUAGAAGAUUUUAGGAAAUCUCCUGCUGCAAACUCUUACUCUCUUUUAUAAUCAGACUUUCCGUUCUUCAUGAAUCUGUGUGGAGUAAAUGAUUCUUGUUUUCCUCUCGAUGGAUCUCAGUCCGUCCAAAGACUGCGAGGCAUUGUGUGAUCAUGUGUGUGAGCAGAUGUCUGGACUGUUGAACAGUUUGUGAGCUGAAUAUGGAUCAGUGAACCUGGUUCUGGAUCAGUAUUAAAAAGCCACUGGACCUGCCUCAUAAGCAUCAGUGUUGGUGGCUUAAGUGCUGUAUGUGUGUAGACAUUUCCUUCAUAUAUAUAUAUAUAUAUGUGUGUGUGUGUAUGUGUGUGUUUCAGGACUGAUGGGUUGGAUGAAGGUGAAAGGGUCAUAAAACUGUUUUCUGGACUUGUACUGUGGCAAAUGAGUAUAAGGGACUUUCAGGGUCAUAUAUGAAGGACUCUUCACUUUAUCAUCUGAUAUAUGUUUCAUCACCUCCUGCUCUGUGUGUGUGUGUGUGUGUGUGUGUGUGUAGGGCUGCUGGGAUAUUUUCUAACAUCAUCCUUGUGUGUUUGUCCUGCUAUAUGACGAUGAUAAUGACUUUGUGAUGAUGAACAUGUCGGUCAAUAAAAUCAUUUUUAACAUUUCAA